CGUUAAUCAGCCGCCGCGCUCAGUGGAUGUUUCUUUAUACAAGCAAUAAUCUCGGCUCAUCUCUUAGGUUGUGAAACAGAGAAUAGAAGUUCAGUGAAACUGAUAACCGUAGAAGAACCAAGUGUGAUAAGAGUCUGAAGGGGAACAGUAUGAUUCCUCUUAAGUUUGCAGCCGGAGUGCUGGUGCUAGUACUUGCCACGGUGCACCAAAGUCUGGCCUGCAGUAAAGUUCCUGUUUUCAGUGGUCGUCCAGUGACGAAGGCCAAACGGACAGGCGACAACGGAUAUCGGCUGGCGGUGCGGAACGAUCCGGCUGGCUAUGAACCGGGAAAAAUCUAUAACCUAUUCCUGGUCGGUUCCCGCACGCACGUCAAGCUGCAGCAAUUUACUCACUUCAUGCUCACCGCUCAGGCCAGCAGUGGCACGGCCAAAAACUCGCGCACCUUCAUCGCAGGUCCCAAGCGAGUCGGACGCUUUCAACUGUUUAGCGAUUCUUUGACAAAGUUCUACGAUCAUUGCGUGAACACCGUAACACAGGCGGACGAUUUCCCUAAAACGGAAAUCCAGGUAAUGUGGGUAGCCCCGGCUAGCGGUUCCGGUUGCGUCAGCUUGUCGGCCAUGGUUUUCGAGGGAGAAGAUUCUUGGUACUCAGACGACGGUGCACUGACUAAGGUCCUGUGCGAAAUGAAACCGGAUCCAACUGUGAUGAAAGGGGAAUGCUGUGCCUGCGAUGAGGCUAAGUACAAUUUCGUAUUCGAGGGCAUCUGGUCCAACGAAACACACCCAAAGGACUUCCCGUUCGCGGUUUGGCUAACUCAUUUCUCCGAUAUCAUUGGAGCAUCCCACGAUACAAACUUCUCGUUUUGGGGUGAAAACCACAUCGCAACUGAUGGCUUCCGAGCACUUGCGGAAUGGGGUUCGGUUCGUCAGCUAGAACAGGAACUGCGCGCCAAAGGCCCUCGACUCAGAACACUAAUAAAAGCCGCAGGGUUGUGGUAUCCAAGAGUGAACUCAAAUACAACUUCGAACUUCCGUGUGGAUCGCAAGCAUCAUAAAGUAUCGUUGGCUUCCAUGUUCGGGCCAUCCCCGGAUUGGGUCGUCGGUGUCAGCGGACUUGAUCUUUGUAGCGAAGAUUGUACUUGGGUGGAGUCAGUGGAUGUUGAUUUGUAUCCAUGGGAUGCUGGAACUGAUAACGGUAUCAGUUAUAUGUCGGCAAAUGCCGAAACGCAACCCAGAGAACGGAUGCAUCGUAUUACCACCCUUUAUCCGGAAGAUCCACGUGCUCCAUUCUACAAUCCAAGAUCUAAGGAGAUGGUCCCACUGGCGAAGGUUUACUUCCGGAGGGAGAAGGUGAUUCAUCGGAACUGUGAUGAUGAGUUUCUUCAAGCACAAGUUCUGGAACUGGCUGAAAACACGGAAGAGGUUACAAGGGUUGAAUGCGAGACCACGAGUUACAGCGAUUGGACACCGUGUUCGGUUAGUUGCGGUAAGGGAAUACGCAUGAGAACAAGGGAGUAUUUGCAGCCAGAGAAGGCUGCUCGUUUUCAGUGCAACAGGCAGCUGAUAUCGAAGGAAAUGUGUGUAGCAGAUGUAGCCGAAUGUUCAGAUGAAGGUCAAGAAACGGACGAUAGUUCUGAAAACAUCGGGAAAACGGCGGCAAGCGUGAAUGAAGAAGGCGAAGGGAUCGGUAUUUGCAAAACAACCAGAUGGAGCGAAUGGUCCGAGUGCUCAGCGAGCUGUGGAAUUGGUGUGUCCAUGCGAACCAGAACAUUCAUCGAUUACAUGGGAAGAAAGAAAUGUCCGCACAUAAGUGUUGUCGAAAAAGAAAAAUGUAUGCAACCGGAAUGUUCACUAACAGAUGUGGAAGUACCGGAUCCAAUGUGUCCAGUGACGUCCUGGAGCGAUUGGAGUCCAUGUAGUGCGACUUGUGGUAGAGGGGUAAAGAUCCGAACUCGUCUGCUGCUGGUUGUUCCAGAGUUGCAACAGAAAUGUUCGCAACGAAUUGAGCUGAACCAGCAACGGGCUUGCACCGAAAAGGCAGACUGCCUGUUUGAUGUAUUCACAGCAAGAGAAAUCUGUUCCCAAACACCGGAGGUUGGUCCCUGCAGAGGAAAGUAUCAACGUUUUGCCUAUGACGGAGGAAGAGAGCUUUGUGUGCCUUUUAUGUACGGAGGCUGUCGGGGUAAUCGAAACAACUUUUUAACCAACGAAGACUGCAUGCAAACCUGCCAUCUUACCAAAAAUCCUAGUGACAACCGCGAGCUUCACAGACAGCCGGUAGUAGAUGUUUCAAGGCCCUCCCAACAGCAGGAAGUAGAUUUACCAGUGGAUUGUGUGUUAUCAGAUUGGACAGAGUGGAGCUCCUGCAGUGUGACCUGUGGAACAGGUCGUUCUGAAAGGUAUCGAAAUGUGCUUGUUCAGGCUAGUAACGGAGGACAACCUUGCCCUAGCAGAAUCAUUAAGCGACGAAAGUGCACUGGGCCUCCUUGUAUUUGAGGUGUGGCUUGCGCCAACAUUACUCUUAUGUGCAGUUUAGAAAAAAGAAUUAGAGGAUUUUCGUUAAGCAUGUCCUACCAAUAGCAAAAUUGAAUAUAUUUGAUACGAAUUGUUGACGUUCUAUUUUCGGAAAACAGUGUUUUUGCUAGAAAAAAUAUUUAUCUAAUAGUGAGUUCAAUACUCAACUCCUGAUAUCAGUUGGAUAAAAAAAUUGGGCUCAUUCGAUCCUACUUGGGAGCGUUUCGGGACGACUAACAUUAACCCUGGAAAGAUUAUCUGCGUCAAUUUGAUUCUUCGCAUUCAGCAAUAUUGUCCACUUUUUAUGCCAAUAGUGCAUCAUUUUUUCUCGUUUUUUUUUCUUAAUAAAUAAAAAAAUAUAAAAACCCAAA